UGAGAGCCACAGAGCAGAGAGACUGCAGAAAGAAAGAGAAGCUGCUCUUUGUUCUGCUUUCAUCUUCCACUCAGCAGCUUCACUCCAUCCACCCAUCACCUGCAGACAUGAACACACCAGUGGCAGCACCUGGAGGCAACAAGGCCGCACCCCCCAAGUUCAAACAGAAGGAGACGAGACAGUUCAAAAGCAAAGCUCCCAAAGCUGGACAGAAGGGAUUUGACGAUGUUCCAGGGAUGGAGAGUCUUGGAGGUGCGGAGGUGGUCUGUCCCUGGGAGGCGUUUGGAGACCUGGAGCUGAGCGACCUGGCUCAGUUCGGCCUUGUUUAGCCCCGGAGAUGAAAGGAAACAGUUUAUUCCAGGUGGCUGUGAUCCAGCAGCUUCUCCUUCCUCUCACACUGUCCCUCAAGCUGAGGAGACGUGAUGAUGGAACCAUCGGAGGACGACUGAUGAGUGGAGAAGACGUCUGUCUCUCUCGCCCCGCGGUGAGUGGAGGAACAAGCUCAUGGACGGCAGCACCCAGAAUGACUCUUCUCCUGUCUUCUGCCCCCCCCAGCUGCAGGUGGUAGCAUCAGUCUGAGCUCUACGUUAUCUUUACAUGUCAGUGAUGUCAGGAGGUCUGUGUUGUGGACUGGACGUCCUGUGGAGCCCGGCACACGUGUAAGAGUGUAGCACACUGUACCACUGCCUGGGUUCAGCUACAGGGACCAUCAGGAAUCAGCACGUCUUCAAUCUAAACAAAGUGUCAUCUAUCUAUCUAUCCAUCUAUCUAUCUAUCUAUCUAUCCAUCUAUCUAUCUAUCUAUCCAUCUAUCUGUCUAUCUAUCUAUCUAUCUAUCUAUCCAUCUAUCUGUCUAUCUAUCUGUCUAUCUAUCUAUCUAUCAAUCCAUCUAUCUAUCUAUCUAUCUA